AUACCAAGGCCAGACCAGGGAAGAUCAGGGAAGAUCAACUUUAGGCGAAGCUAUCAUCUGCCGAUCAGAUCCGUCACGAAAUUGAAUUUCGAAGUAAUCGGGUCUGUACGAUAUAUUGACAUUUGCGCCGCCUUGAACUUUGCGAGAGUAUAUACAAGCGAUUCGGCCGUAUCUUGCAAGGCAAACAGAACUGGACACGACUUUCAAAGAUAUCUACCUCCCUGUCCAAGCUAAGCGACUACGCAAAUUGUCGCCCCGUUAUGCCUAUUAAGCUUUGCUACUUUGUUCGCCGAAAGCCGACUCUCUCAACACCCGAAUUCCAGAAAGUGUGGCGUGAAGUGCAUGGUCCCCUUGUCGCAAGCGUCCAGACUCCCCUGAAUCUGGUCAAGUACACUCAGGUGCUCCGGCAGAACAACCCGCUCGAUAGUCUUUUUGACGAAUCUCGUUCAAAGCUUUUGUGCGAUGAGCCAAAGUUUGAUGUACUCGAUGAGUACGUCUUUGCUGGGUCUAUCAAGGACUUCAUGGGAGCAUAUGACUCGGCUGAGGGCAAAGCUGCUUGGAAAACCUUGAUAAAAAACGAGGAAGAGUAUGUGGACUUCGCAAACUCCAUUCUUUUCUUCACCAUCGAGCAUAACCAGAUUGCUGCCACUCCUAGGGCCGAUGUCAUUGCUUCGGAUUAUAACCGCAUUCACCGUGGGGUGGUUUUGUUUGAACCAGCUGAAGGCUACGGUCUUGCUUAUUGGCAGUGCGAACAUGCAGCUCUUUUGCGCAAAUGGGCUGAGGUUAUUGGAUACUACAAAUACCAGCAGAACCACCCACGAAAGCUCGACACUGCAGGAGUCCUGGAAAGACUGCAACGAGACCGUGGAUGCAAGCCCUCUAGGUUCAAGAUUUUUACAACAUUCUGGAUGUCACUCGAUGUUCCGCAGGAUGAUGCCAUGGGCAGGGCGACGGCUGAGAUUCAGGCCGAUGAACUAAGUGGUUUCAUAACAUACGGGUCCGGCAUGAUAAUGGUUGCUAAAGAGAUUAUCUUUGUUGACGCUUAUAGAGUCUAACUAGAUACUGUAAGCCUAGGACCACACCACAUGACUGCUCUGCAGGCAUGACUAAUACGGUCGACUACUUUCGAGCUCAGAUCACACACUUGUACAUACACACAACAAUACACUCAUACAUGAGACCAUAUACUACUACCACGCCUUGCUUGCAACACACGAACUUCGGAAGGCGGAUGCGAUGGUUUUCUGGGCUGGCUCGAGCAUCGAUUGCAAUCUCCAUAAAGGGUUUAGUUUCGGGAUAGAGGUUACUAUUCUUGUGAUUACUAUUCUUCGUAAUUACUAACAACGCUGCCCCUACAUUUGUUGUGCGAUUAGUAUUAGGUAUGUGCAGACUAAACGGUGGACCUUGUGAGGUCAUGACGC